GUUAUAGGUAUGCGGCAGCUGUACCAUAACACGUGCUGUUAAGUCAAACCGUAUUUGCUAUUUGAAUAUUUUUAUUUUAAAUGAAUUAAAUGGUAGUUGUAAAUGACCGAUAUGAUUUUUAAUUUGCUUGUUAUAUAAACGGGUAUUUCGAGACGUUUUGUUUACGUGUAUCUAAUUUAUUUAAUUAGAAAAAUGAAUACGGGAGAUGAAACAUUCGAAACUUCUAACACGAAAAAACCUCACAGGGAGAGACAUGCAGGACGAAAAGCAGAGAAAAAGAAACACAAACUUGACCCAAGCAGUCAGUCUGACAAGCAGAAAAAUCCAAAAGCUUUUGCUGUCGGAUCUGCUGUACAGGCUGCAAGGAAAUUUAGAAGGACACAGGAUUUGAAACAACGGAAGGAACACAUUCCUGUGGUGGAUCGAACACCUCUUGAACCUCCACCCAUAUUAAUAGCGAUAGUUGGACCACCAAAGGUUGGGAAAAGUUUAUUAAUAAAGUCCUUAAUAAAAUCCUACACCCGACAGCCUCUUACAUCCAUGAAAGGGCCUGUGACUCUCGUAACUGGGAAGAAAAGAAGAAUUACAUUGAUAGAAUGCAACAAUGAUAUCAACUGUAUGGUUGAUAUAGCCAAAGUUGCUGACCUGGUUCUUUUACUCAUAGAUGCUUCAUUCGGCUUUGAAAUGGAGAUUUUUGAGUUUCUUAACAUCUGUCAGGUUCAUGGAAUGCCAAAAAUAAUGGGUGUCUUGACACAUUUGGACAUGAUAAAGCAAACAAAGAAACUACAGAAAGUGAAAAAGUUUCUGAAACAUAGGUUCUGGAAAGAGGUUUAUCCAGGGGCGAAACUGUUUUACCUGUCAAAUCUGAUGUAUGGAGCCUAUCUAAAAAAUGAGGUUAAAAACCUUGCCAGAUUCAUAUCUGUUAUGAAAUUUAGACCUCUUGUAUGGCAAACUUCUCAUCCUUACAUUCUAGCUGACAGAAUGGAAGAUACCACUCCACCUGAGUAUAUACAGUUGAACCCCAAAACAGACCGUACUGUCUGCUUUUAUGGGUAUAUGAGAGGCAUUCCAAUAAACAAAGAUAGCUUCAUCCAUAUACCAGGAAGUGGAGAUUAUUUGAUUAAUGAUAUAACAUUUCUUCCUGAUCCUUGCCCUUUACCAGAGCAUUUAAAAAAACGUAACUUACUCGAAAAAGAACGUGUUAUAUAUGCACCAUUUUCUGGAGUUGGUGGUAUUGUUUACGAUAAAGAUGCUGUGUACGUUGAAUUGCCUGGGACAGAAAUCACAGAGUCAAAACCCAAUAAUGAGUUAGUUACUAAUUUGAUGAAAACCAAAGAAUCAGUUGAUUACAAACUAGCCAGUAGCCGUGUUCAGCUUUUCUCAGGGGGUGAAGCCUUAACUGCAUCUGAGUUCCAACAAGAUAACAAGAGUGAGGUUCAAAUAAAUUCUCCUCGCCAAUAUGUAGUUAAAGAGGGUUCAGACGGAAGAAAGAGAAGAAAGGUGAUAUUUAAUUCUUCUGAUAAGAUAGAACAAGACGCUGAUGAAAAUGAGGAUUUAAUUGACACUAAUGAAGGAGAUAUAGAACAAAGGAAUCAGGAUUGGUCCGAAUGUUCAUCAUCAGAAGAAGAUGAAUCAACGGACAAUAAAAAAUCAAAUACUCAUUACCCUUGGUCACAAGGAAGAGACAGUUUGAUAAAUGAAAAUGAUUGUAAGGGCAGUGAUGAUGAGGAUGAUGAUAACAAUGCUGAGGUGAAUGAUAGUGAAGAAGAAGAUUUGAGUGGUGAUAACAGCGAUGUGGAAACAGAGGAUGACGACCAAAGUCUAGAUAAUACAGAUUUGAAAUGGAAGAGUAAUUUAGCAGAAAAAGCAGCUAAAACAUUUUUUGAUGGAAACUCAAAAAUAAAUUUAUGGAAGCUAGUUUAUUGUGAGGAUAUUUAUAAAAAUGAAGGGAAAAAAGAGGAUGAAAACGUGAUAGGAGAAUUGUUCAAGAUUGUAAAAAAAGAUAAUGAAAAGAUAGAGGAGAAACAUGUACUUGAUGGGCUUGAUUGUUCUAAACAUCCUAUUUUGUCACCUAAAGACUGGGACGUUGAUAUGGUUUCAGAGUCAAUAAGGCAUUGCUUUGUAACGGGAAAAUGGAAAGAUGAUGCUGAUGAGUUACUGAAACUGGACGACUUAAGUUCAAAGGAUGAAGAUGUUUUUGGUGACUUUGAAGACUUAGAAACUGGAGAAAAAUUUAAAGGAGAGGAACAACAGCUGAGCAAAGAACAAUUACUAGAGAAGAAAACAAAAUUGAAAGAAAAAUUUAAUGAACAGUAUGACACUAAGGAUUUCAGUGAAGAUUAUUUUGAAGAAUUGAAAAUGCAAGCGAAUCGACAAGCUGAGUUGAACAGAAGGCAAUUUGAAGACAUAGAUGAUGCUAUAAGAGUACAAAUUGAAGGGUUUAGAGCAGGCAUGUAUGUAAGAAUAGAAAUAAAAAAUAUGCCAUGUGAAAUGGUAGACAAUUUUGAUCCAACCUAUCCAGUCGUCCUAGGUGGGUUACAACCUGGUGAACAAAACGUUGGAUAUGUCAAGGUACUUCUGAAGAAGCACAGAUGGUAUAACAGAAUUCUGAAAACAAAAGAUCCUAUGAUUAUUUCAAUGGGGUGGAGAAGAUUUCAGACGAUCGCAGUUUUUUCAAAACAAGAGGAUAAUUUUAGGCACAGGAUGUUAAAAUACACUCCGGAGCAUGUUGCAUGCAUGGCUCAUUUUUGGGGGCCGAUAACACGAGCAAGCACUGGUUUUCUUGCCCUUUUGAGUGCUGGUCUUGCCGAGGUGGAACCUGGUUUUAGAAUAGUAGCAACUGGAUCAGUAGUAGAUACUAAUCAAUCUACAGUCGUAACUAAAAAGUUGAAACUGACAGGGACACCAAUGAAAAUUUAUAAAAAAACUGCCUUUAUUAACGGUAUGUUCAACUCCACCCUCGAAGUUGCUAAGUUUGAAGGAGCUAAGAUUAAAACAGUAUCAGGGAUCAGGGGGCAGAUAAAAAAGCCCCUCACCAAACCUGAAGGUGCUUUUAGAGCGACAUUUGAAGACAAAAUUCGUCUUAGUGAUAUUGUUUUUUGUCGAACAUGGUACCAAGUUGAAGUUCCUAAAUUGUAUGUCCCAAUCACUUCUCUUCUUUUACCCAUCUCUGAAAAGAAUACUUGGAAGGGCAUGCGGACAUUGGGAAUGCUUAAACGUGAAAAAGGAAUUAGGAACCAGGCAGAGAUAGACAGCAUGUAUACGGAGAUAACACGAGUGGAAAAAACUCCCCGUCCUCUGGCCAUACCGAGGGCUCUGGAGAAAGAAUUGCCGUAUAAGUACAAGACUAAAGUUCAAGUGAAAAAUACACCAGGAGUACCGUUUAUGAACAAAGUUAAGAAGGUGGUUGUCAGGGAUGAUCACGAAGCCAGAGUCGCUUCACUUAUUAAGAAACUCUCUGUUAACUAUGAUGUGAAAAAGGAGAAGCUUAAACAGGAUAUGAAACAGAGGAUGAUUGAAUUUAAAAAGUCCAAGCAAAACCUUGAAAUGAGAAAACAAAAGAAGCAUAGAGAAAUUAAAAAAGCCGUAUACAGAACAUUGAGCAAACUGGAAACUAAAAAAACAACAAAAACACCAAAAUCAAAGAAAAAAUAAUUAUUAAACAGGAUAUAAUUUCCACACCUCUCCAGACUGAGGCUGCAGUGACCCAAGGCUUCCAGAGAGGUGUGCACCACCAACCCCCCCCCCUGCCAACGCACUGCAAUAAUCAAUUCCUCCCAUACUCAGCUGGCUAGAAUAAUGUAACUUUUGUGCAAUAAUCCAGUGACUUGUAAGAAGGGGAACAGCUUGUCUAAAUUUGAGAGUUGGUCCUCAAGAAUCAAUGACAAUUUGCUGGCCAGGCGGUGUAAUAAUAUACUAUUUUGGGCAAAGUACUAGGGUUAAAGCUGCUUAAAUUAUUUAUACAAAAAAUUAAGUUUAUUAAUCCAGUCUCACAGAAUUCUAUUAGUCUAUUUGUAGUCUUUCGACAGAUACCCAGAAUUUCCCAAAACCUAUCCGGUAAAUCGUAUUUGACUCGUAGAGGUGCAUAUUUUCUACAGAACACAAGCAAAUGUUUUACAGUUACUACCUCUCUUCAUGUCAAUUAUUGAGGUGGUUCCCUCGCCAUUAGGUGCCCAUGUGUAAUCCUACAAUGUCAGAUUCACAACCUAGCAAGUACUGUUUCUUCCUUUCUUUCUUUUUACAUUGCUGUUUUCCAUUGUCCAGUAUUAGCUUUGAUUUCUCUCAAUUUGUUCUCCUUUGUGUUGUACCAGAUUUCUUGCCAGCUAUUUCCUACAGUUUCUUUUAAAUGAUUAGUAAUAUUCUCAUGGGGAACUUUUUCUAUUGGAAGUCCUUCUUUAUCGCCCAUUUUGGCACCACUAACAGUCUGUUCAUUUUUGACUAUGCCACUGUGCCCAGUACCCAUAAAAAGCUUACCUCCAUUACUUUAGACAAUUUUCUUAUAGCUAUUAAAAUUUCUUGAAUUAUUGGACUGAUUGUGAAAAGGUCACUAAGAGAAAGAAGAGCACUGAGAGAAUCAAAACAGAUUACUACCUUGUAAGUACAUAGGAGAAAAAUGCUGAAGGCUUUAUAUUAGCAACUCUGCAGUAAAGUUACUGCAGAGGAGACAAUGAAAACGUUAUUUUUUAUUAUAAAGGCAAAUAAUGUAUUUUAAAUGUAAUGAUAUAAGUUAAUAGUCAUGGUUAACUAAAAGUAACUUAUGUAUGAUGACCCCUGCA